GCAGGCUUGUGAUGUGAUCGCCACCGUCCACCGUGUCACCAGUCCGUGUUCCGUGCGUAUAUUUUGUGUGGUUUGUGGCUUCUGUGCGCGCGGUUACACGUUACAACCGACGUUCCCAGCUCCGAUACUAAAUCAACUAAAUUUCCCAAAGAGCUCUCAUGAAGGAACCAUGAAGCGGUAAAAGAUUGUGCAAAGGUGUUCUGUAGAAGGCAACAGAAUGCAAAUUACUGUCUGGGGAGCGUUCGGAAAUUCCAGAAAUGAUGACACUUGAGAAAUGGGGAAUAUCGUCGUCUGCGGGGGUGAUUCUCUCAAAGAAAUUGCUUUGACCCACGUCAGCUCGCUCCGAUUUUCGAAGCGCAAAUUUACAACAACAAUUGAUCACCUGCCUGAUUAUGUGCUGCUCGACAUUUUCAACUACCUCGACUUUUUGGAAUUAUGCGUUAUUGGCUUGGUGUGUCGCAAGUGGUACGCGCUGUCACGUGAUCGCACCCUGCACCGUCGGGUGGACCUGUCUCACGUGGAGCUGACACCAAAGCAGCUGAAACUCCUGCUGCGUAUGCGAGCCAUGCCUCCUGCAGUGGAGGAGCUAAGGGUCUUCGGGGACCACCAUUGCCUGUGGGCCUGCAGUGUUUCACCUGGCGCCCUGUUACGCAUUCAGCGCAGAUGUCCCAAUCUUCGGGGUCUCCACAUCCACAACUUCAGUUUCCGUUCGUCAUCUCGGGACAAGUGCGUUCGCCUGGCAGACUUCCCAGACACCCUGGAGCACCUAUCACUUCGAGGCUCCAUAGUGGGACGUGGGGCCUUCUUCAAGGCAGGGAGCCGCCGCGGUGGUCAGAAGGGCACGGGUGUGGGUCCAGCGCGUCUUCGAGUGCUGGACUUGGGCAGGUGCUUCUUCGUGGCCGACACCGAGCUGAAACCUUGGCCGUGGCUGCCGUCCCUGGCUGAACUCUAUCUGGAAGGAUGUCCGUUUCUUGACUCCGCAGGCUACUUCCAGGACAUGGUACGCAAGCUGAGCCAUCUGCUGCUGCUGGACGUAGAAGGCAGCUGCCUAUUCGAAGGGGCCUUAGAGCUGCUUGCAGUGCAUUGCCCGUUGCUGGAGCAGCUUUUUCUUGGUUGCACUGCCACUCGGGAUGUUUCCCUGACUGCCUUGGGAGCAGCAGGAGGACUGCCCUCACUCAGAUGCCUCUGUCUUGUGCAGACGCAGGUAACCGACAUCGGCCUGCUGACGCUGUCACGUGCUGCCCCCAACCUCCGACUGGUCAUGCUGGACUCCGAGCAGGGGGUGUCUGAUCAAGGGGUGGCCCAGUUGCACGAACGCCUGCCGGGGGUGUCUGUGCAACUUGGUGAGUGCGUGGGACUGGUGUCCGCCGUGUUCCGCCACGAAGGGUGUGGCCACUACGAGCUACAGUAUGGCCACGAGUCCCAAAAGAACGCGACUUGAUGGAUUCUUUAAUCGUUACGUGAUCCUUUGUUCGUUGUGGACAAAAGCAACAUUGGCUGCAGUUUGCUUCCACAUUAUGUUUAGGGCCUGACUUUUUCGGGUUUUAUUUUUGGCCAAAUUCGGGGGGUAAAUAUCGGGUGAUAUUUUUCAUUUGAAAAUUCGGGUGUAUUCGGGUUAAAUCCCGUUACGGCAUAUUCUGUCGUCAGGAAUUCGGGUGUAUUCGGGUGAUUUUUUUUGUUUAAUAAAAAUUUGUCUUAACGUGGAACUAAUGUUUAGCAAUGUUAUCAAACUUUAUUUUAAUGCACGCUUAUGAGUGUGCCACGCGACCCGGAUGUUUUCGGGUAGAUUCGGGUUAAACCCGAAUUUUACAGAUUUCGUUCGGGGGGUAAAUAUCGGGCGGAUACGGGUUUAACCCUAAAAAGUCAGGCCCUAAUUAUGUUCAGUUGCGUCGAUAACAAGCACUUGCUGUCUAACAGCUCUCUUUCGGAUCUCUAGUUAUUCUGUUGUGAACAGGUAUCUUAUGACGACGAGUAUUGCAAGAAUCAAGACGACUGACUUGUUUGACCACGCUGCUUUCUUCUCAUGUCUUCUCAUGCAUAUAAUGGACUGUUGUACAAAGUGUCAUUUUGUAUAUCGCAUUUCAACACUGGUGUGAAACUAUGAAGUUGCAAGUUGUCCAAAAUGGCUUGCUUUCCACGCUUUUUUUUUUUUGCCUCACCUAAUAAAGUGCUCUUUCCACUUUACAAAAUUUGUCACAUGUACC